GUAUCUCAGUAAAUAAAAUAAAAUGCAGCGUACAUUGAGUUCAAAAAUGUUUUAUCGAAAAAUUUUAUACUAUUGUACUUUCUCUUCACCUACAGCAGAAUUGUCCAAUAAGAAGCUAUUAACAGAUUUUCCAGCUAUAUUGAAACCUAAGGACAUAGAAGAAAACUGGUACAAUAUCUGGCAGCAGAACAAAUACUUUAUGGCCUCCAGAAUAAAGACAUGUGAUAACAAACAAGAGGAAAUGUUAGAAAAAGAAUCUUUCAACAUGAUUUUACCACCACCUAAUAUCACUGGAGUUUUGCAUUUGGGUCAUGCGCUUACUGCUACAAUUCAGGAUGUUUUAGCAAGAUGGUAUAGAAUGAAAGGUCAUCCAGUGAUAUGGAUACCAGGUCUGGAUCAUGCUGGAAUUGCAACACAGGCAGUAGUAGAACGUACACUGAAUACUCAGAAUAUUACAAGGCAGAAAAUGGGACGUUCUGAAUUUAUUCAACUAAUUUGGCAGUGGAAGGCAGAGAAGAGUGCAAUAAUCAAUCAACAGUUAAAAGCUCUUGGUGCUACACUUGAUUGGGAUAGAGAAUACUUUACUCUUGAUGAAAGAUACAGUGCAGCGGUGACAGAAGCAUUUGUACAGCUAAACGAAAAGAAUUUGUUGUAUAGAGAUAAAGAUCUUGUUAAUUGGUCGCCGGCAUUGCGGAGUACUAUAUCCGAGAUCGAGGUUGAAGAUUUUAUUGUAAACGGCAAGACGCAUCUUCAGUUACCCGGCUACAAUAGCAAGGUUACUGUUGGACAGCUGAUUAAGUUAGCUUAUCCAAUCAAAGAUUCAAACGAAGAAGUGAUAGUUGGAACCACUAGACUAGAGACAAUUUUUGGUGAUGUGGCAAUCGCAGUGCAUCCAGACGAUGAGAGAUAUUCGAAAUAUAUUGGUCGGCAUGUCUUACAUCCCAUGAGAAAUACCUUUAUACCCAUUAUAGCUGACUCUUCAGUCAAAAAGGAAUUUGGCACUGGCUCUCUAAAACUCACACCUGCACAUGAUCGUUUGGAUUAUAGUAUUGCCAAAAGACACAAUUUGCCGGUUAUUGUCGUUAUCAACGAAGACGGUAAAAUGACAGACUCUUGCAAGGAAUAUAAAGGUCUUCCGAGAUUUGUUGCGCGGAAAAAACUGAUAAACGAGCUAUCGAUACGAGGUGUAGUGAGAGAUGUAGAUGAUAAUCAUCAGAUGAUAUUACCACGAUGCUCGCGAACACACGACGUAAUUGAGUAUUUACCGAAAGAGCAGUGGUUCAUACGAUGUGCGGAAAUGGCUAAACGGGCGCGCGAAGUUGUAGAAAAUGGCAAGCUAAAAAUCGAUCCGAGCGAUGGUGAUAUCUACGAACAGUGGCACAAGUGGCUUGAAAACGCUAGAGAUUGGUGCGUGUCGAGACAAUUAUGGUGGGGACACCGUAUUCCAGCAUACUCUGUAAAUUGCAUCAAUAAUAAUAACAACAAUGGCAAUGUUACUCCUAGUAACGCCACUUCGUGGAUAGUCGCACGGUCAGAAGAAGAAGCUCAUGCUCGAGCAAGGGAGAAAUAUGGAGAUGCAGUGAGCGUAACUCAGGACCUCGAUGUUCUUGAUACGUGGUUCUCCUCGGCGAUUGUGCCAUUCGCCACGCUUGGCUGGCCGAAACAUACAAAAGACAUAGUAAGGUACUAUCCGUUAACGCUAAUGGAAACCGGUCACGACAUUCUCGUUUUUUGGGUAGCAAGAAUGGUAAUGUUGAGUUUAGAACUGACACAACGUUUGCCAUUCAAGGAAGUUCUGCUUCAUGGCAUUUUGUGCGACGCUAAUGGCAAGAAAAUGUCUAAAAGUUCCGGCAAUGUCAUCUCGCCCGAGAAUAUUAUUAAUGGCUGCACAUUGCAGGAACUAAACGCGCAAGCGGAGAAUAGUCACGCGGCGGGCAUUCUCAGCACCGACGAGCUACGACGAACGUUGCGUGUGAAUGCAAAACAAUAUCCUGCGGGAAUACCCGAUUGCGGCGCCGAUGCCUUGAGGUUCUCGCUGUGUGCACGCAACAUCAAGAGUCGCACUAUUAGUUUCGACGUGGAUGAUUGUCGAACAAGUAAAUAUUUCUGUAACAAGAUCUGGCAAGCGAGCAAAUAUGUAUUAUUGAUGACGAAGACUGAUGAUAAGAGUGAAGUGAUUCAACGACAGGAACAACACAAGGAAAACGGAAAUCUAUGUACUCUAGAUCGAUGGAUUCUGAGUCGAUUGUCCUGGAUGGUAGAGACAGUGAAUGACGCACUGGCUGAGCGAAAUUUUCACAAAGCAGUUGCCGCAAUUCGUCAAUUUCUGCAUUAUGAAUUUUGUGAUCUUUAUGUGGAAGGAACAAAAUAUGGUUUUAAGACUGGCACUGUCGCUAUAAUUGUUGGGCAUUCCGACACUCUAGCAAGAUGUUUGGAAGUACUGUUGCGCGUUCUCGCGCCUAUCAUGCCAUACUUAUCGGACGAACUCUAUACGAGACUUGCUAAGAAAAAGCUUCAAAGAUUUAAAUUGGUCACUUCGGUACUUGAGACGUCUUAUCCUAUGUCACAUGAAUUUGACCAUUUAAAAGACGUCGCUUUGGAACAAAGAAUGCACGAGAUCGAGAAUAUAAUACAUGUAAUCAGAAGCUGCAUGACAAAUGUGAGCAGAAAAACAGAUCCAAAAGUUACUAUUCUGCUCAACAAUGAAUGCGACUACAAUUUUUAUCAAGAAAAUAUAAAUCUUAUUAAAGGAGUAAGUAGAAUCAAGAAUGUAUGCAUCUAUUUAAAAGGAUUAAUGAAGAAUGACAAUUUUAAUGAGACGACAAGAGAUUUUAACACAGACAGCAACAAUGUUCAUACAACCCAGUAUUUGCAUACGAAUAAUUGCUCGUUGCUUAUCGCUGUUACAAACGUAUCGAUGUUGGAACAAGUUAAACAGAACAUCGCGAGGAAGAAGGAAUCAGAAAAGAGAAAAUCAGAGGGAAUAAAGCAUCUUUUCUCUUACGGGACAAAGAACUGAAAAAUUAUAUUUGUAUAUUUUAUUACUGUCAAUAAGUUUGU